AUGCUUGCAUCUCUGCCUGACGGUUCGAGGAUUUUGGUUGCCGCGGGAAGUGUUGUUGCGUGUUUUGAUCAGGGGGUUUGUAUGACUAGGAAUCUCAAAAAGAAGGUUGGGUGUCUUGCCUUCAUGCCUGAUGAGCAAUCAGUUCUUCUUGGUGAGAAAUCGGGUUACGUUGUCCGUGUUCCUCUUGAUGGAAAUAAGUCAAAUUCUGUCCAAAUAGAUAAUGAAGAUACACUUAUUGGACAUCUUUCACUUCUCACAGGCAUCGCCUUAAAUAAAGAAGGUCGACUCCUCGGUUCAUGUGAUCGAGAUGAAAAGAUUCGCAUCAGUCGCUCCUCUCAGCCUCAUGUCAUUGAGUCAUUUUGUCUCGGCCACACAAAGUUGGUCUUUCUAGUGUUUUAUCCUCUCACUAGGUCGAUUUUCGGGAUUGCUUUUCUCGACGAUAAUCAUAUGGUAUCUGUUGCUGGCGAUGGAUUUGUUCGCCUUUGGCAUGCUCUCGAGGGACAGGAGUUGGAUGCAAUUAAACUUGUUCCUCAUUUGAAUAGUAUACGGGGUUGUGUGAUGGAUAAUGAGAACCAAGAAUUUCUCGCUCCGCGUUUAAUUAUUAUUGGAUGCACAAUUGUACUGGGAGUUCGAUCACAUGAUUGCAUUGUUACUGUGAAGCUCUCUGAGGACUUUUCUACUUUCGCAAGGGAUGAUACCAACGAUGCAUUCGUUAGCGGAGUCCUCUGUCCCCGAAAUGAGCACUUUGUUGACUGUUGUGUAGUCAACCACAGAAUUACUGAAAAGGACUUUGAGGUGGUUUGUAUGACAGAACCUCUUUCGCGAUUUGUGUCUUGGACUGUUGUGUACUGUCGAGAUUCUGCUUUGGAAUGGAGUCAGAUGAGGGAGUGGGAUGCAUUGCCGCCCGAAUUAACGACUGAGAAUGGUUGGUUCCCACGGUUGCAGAUGCUGAUGGAGAUGGGAAAGAGCUUCAUCAGUAUGAGUGGUGUUGAUGCCUAUGAGAGGAGUAAAGAGGAGGCGCACAAGCGCAUCAGGGAUCGACACCAACGCCAUCAAGCCAAGCGAAAGCGGCAGAAGGUCAUGGCGAAUGCCACACCAGUAGAAGGAAAAGGAACCCCUAUUUCUUAG